UAUUACAGGUUAUCCUGGAUAAAUAUUAAUGAUAAACAGCAGUGGAGCUAACCUUAUGCCUUACUAUCUAUCUAUCUAUCUAUCUAUCUAUCUAUCUAUCUAUCUAUCUAUCUAAUAAGUUUAAAAUGGACCCCACCUUAUAGCAGUAACAUAAAACGAUGCUGCAUCAGUAAUAAUCAACAUACUAACAUACUCUGAAAUUGGUCAUUCUGUAACGUUGGUCAUUUGCUUUAUGUAUUUGAGUUAUGUAUAUUUUUAUGGAAAUACUGUUAAAAUACUGUUAAUUGAGCAAAAUGUAGAAAGCAUAAUUACUUUACUUGCAUUUCCAGCCUGUUGUUUAUGGGAGAUAUUAUGUGUAGCCAUGUUUCUGAUAAAGAUGCAAACUUUUAUUUGUUUAAACAUUGGUUUUCAAACGUGGGUCAUUGGUUCUGAACCUGAAGGGGCACUCGUACAUGGCAAAGAAACUACAUUACCCACAAGUCCCCUAAACUUCCGCAUAAAACCGGAUGUCUUGUCGGAUUGGUUAACGGACGCCUUUCAAAAAAGAAUGCGCGAGCAGUGCACUUGUGAAGGUUGUUGAGGAUUUUAUCCUUUUAGUUUGAUUAAAGCGGUACAAAGUGUGUUCAUGUGGAUAUCGGCUGUCUCCGUCAUCUGCUGUGAAUAAAGGUUUCUCUACAAAGGUCUUCCGCUCCAGCCUCCGACAUGAAAUGCUUAAAGGUGGACGAGUUCAUCAAGCGGACUGCUUCCGUGGAGGAGACGGAGCGUUUGCUUCAGGAGCUCGAGAAUUAUGUGAAGAGUAAACCAGGCCUUCAGGGUCGCACGCUGUGUGACAGGAUCAUCAGAGCCUGUAACCAUCAACUUGGAGUUGGAUGCCCUGACCGAGACCAUAUCAGUCUGUUGGUGAAGCUGGUGGAGCGUGCCCUUCAUGGCUACGACAUUUCUGCAGCACUUGCUCCUCAGAGCUGUCCGCUGUACAUGGAAAAGAUCAUUUUCCAUAUCGUCAAGAAGCUAAGCUCCUUAAAAGCUCACAGCCUGUGCAGCUAUGUGUCGGGGCUGGUUUACAGCAGACUUACCACAGCACAACAGGGUGAGGACUACUCUGUUCUUUUGCGGAGCUGCUUCUCUGUGCUCUGGAGUGGAUUAUCUGCUAACAAAGACAGGAAGACUCUAAAUCCACAAGAAAAACUCCACUGCCAGAUGCAAGCUCUGAGCUUCCUCCUGUUGUUGGACACAGAAAGUGCGACUCCCUCCUUCUCCAAAGCUCCCAUAUACACAGAGGAUGCCAUCGCUGAAUUUGAGAGUGCCUCUGGAGUGGUGACCAAAGAGGAUGCCUCUUUUCUUCUCCAGGAAUUGCGCUUGCUUUUCAACAGAUGCCAGACUGGAAGUCAAGGCUGCAAGGAGGAAGGAUCAAAGCAGUAUAUUAAGAAAUCAAGUGUAUAUGUGCUUUUUGAAAUCCUGCUAAUUGCUGUUAGGAUGCUUUGUAAAGCUGGACACUACGAUCUGGCUUCCACCUUCCUGAGUGAUAUUGAGAGAGAGGUCAGAGACGUCUCUGCUGACUGUCAGUGUACAGCUCUGUUGCUCGGCAGGUGGGCUGUAGAAAUUCAUUCAACAAUGAAGGCUGGUGAGGAGAGUGGCCAGGUUUUGACAAACUGUGCUCGAGCUUUGAGGUCUCUCUCUGCCGACCUGGGAGAACAAGAAGCUCAUGCAGUUGUGGAAGGGUGUGGACUUGUGGUGUGGGCUGUCGAGAAUGGCCACAACAAGGGAUUAAGUGGUCCUCUGCUCCUGGCUUGGUUUUCAUUCCUGGAGGAGUAUCAGGAGCAGAUAUUAAACAUGUUAAAAAAGGAUUUGACAUGCCAGACUGAGGGCAGCAGACUGCAACAGACCCUGUGUUUCAGUAUUUACCAAGGCUUUGUCUUUGCUUACGAGAGCAUGCUCGCAUCACAGCUGGAGAACAGUGACAUACUGGACAGAGUGCUGCUGUACUGCCAAGCCACAGCUGGGCAGAUGAUGACUGAGGUGCGCAAGCUGCCAAGUGAAAGUCUUCUCAUCAAAGCAGUGAUAGCCUUGAGCAACUUAGUGUGCGGAUUGUACAAUCGACGUCUCUACGACCAGGGCUUCACGCUAGUUGAGAUCCUCUGCAAGGAUCUUUGCAAGAAUUGCCCUGUCUCACUCUCUGUUGAUCGGUUGUGCCGACCCUUCAUGCUGGCGGUGCAGACUUCUCGGCGGGCUGGACAAUUGGAGCGAGCACUCGACUGGGUGAUUCUGUGGCUGAAAGCCCUGGGGGAUAACAUUCUCACUCAUAUGGCAGAACCAGUCUCCCUGUGGGUGAAAACCAAGACUGAUGCAGCACGUAACUCUGAGGAGGACAUUAGACUCAGGACAUUACGUGAUGGUUUUGGUCCUGACGUCCCUGAUGAGAAAGUGAUGCUCUGCCUUUUGGAGGAAGAGCUGCGUGCCUAUAAGGAGGUGGCAGGGGACACUGCCCAGGAACGUUAUAACACACUUUGUGACCUGUUGGACAUCUGCCAUGAGGAGAGCUCCUACACCCACCUACGUGCUGUCUACCUCUGUGAAAUGGCCCAAGUUGUGUGUUUCCAGGACUUCAGUGAUCAGACUGAUUGCUCUGCAAUUGAUUUUACCCAUGAAGCUUUGCGGCUACUGGAAGAAGAAUCAGUGACUGCCGAGAAUGCUGAUAGACUAAAAGAUGACAAGGCCCAUGCUUCCCUUUGGCUCUUUGUCUGCACCCUUGAGAAGAAUCUUCAGGAGGCCAUUGAGAAGGACAUAAAAUUACGCGAUUUGCGUAACCAGAAAAGAUGUGUGGCCAAUCCCAUAGGAACCAACGAUUUUGACUUUGAAGACCAGCAGAAAACAGAGGACAGCAUUCUGCUCUAUGAAGGCCUGCAUUUCAACCUGGCUGCAGAAAACAAAUUGUGCGAACCUUUGGAAAGAGCUCUGGGUGAGUGGUCUGCUCUUCUGCAGAGUCCAGCUCUGCCUUCUGUCAGGAGCCCCAAACAGACCUGCACCUCCAUUGCUCUGACUGCAGCUCUCUUCAGACUAAUGGGAAAGCCUCUAAAGGCUUUGGAAGCUUACCAACUCACAAUUGGACUUUCACGUCAACUUUCUGACGCACAUGGUUGUGCCAGCUCCCUCUGUCACUCAGUCAGCCUCUUACUGGAUAUGGGUGCCCCUGAACUGGCUUUGGCCCAGUUAGAGCAAGCAGAAAAAAGUCUUGCCUCAGAAACGACCAAUGAGGGAAUGUCUUCCCUCUCUAUGCUGCCCCUGCUGUUGAAAGCUCAGUACUACUACAGCACAGGACAGGUGGGUCAUGGAGUGCCUUAUCUGUGUGAGGUGCUUAAAGAAGUGAAUGAGCAGAGACAGUCGAAAGGUUGGUACCUGCUUCGUGCUCGGGCUCUGCAGACCUGCAGCUCCUACCUCAGUUUGGACACAGCUGCACUGCCACAGGCUGAGCGUGGACGUAUCACUGAGCAUGGUAUAAAUAGCCCGGACACUGCUCUGUAUGAAAGUCUGAAGCUUCUCUGCAGCCUGCUGGUCACUUUAGUAGGGAAAGGCCUGUACGGGUGUCAUGGCAGCAGCUCAGAUGUGCGCUUUAUCGACCAAGGAGAUAACCUGGUGCUAAAAUGGCAGCUGCUCUCAGAGGUGUUAAACUGCUCCAUGAAGAUGGUUUCUCUUAGGAGCAGCUGUGGGGCCAUCAAUGAUGCCAGGUUCCAAUGCCUAGAAGCUCUUAAACUGGCCAUAAAGCUGCAGGCACUCAGCCAAUGUGCUGAGCUGCUGGUGAUGAAAGCGGAGUUGGAGCUUAUGCAGGGGGAGAGAGAAGAAAGUAGUACUGAUUUGGAAAAUGUCAGAAACCUUCUGGACCUAUGCACAGAUUUCUCUGAUCAGGUGCAAAAGGCAGAGGUAAAAAUCAAACCACGGAAAGGUCGGCCAGCAAAGAAACCUCAGCCUCCUCUACCUACUCUUGAGGAUGAUUGUAAAGACAUCCUGAGCACUAGGUGGAUUGCUAAAGAACCUGUGGUGAGGGACCUGACCAGCUCCCCACCGCUCAAAGCCCAACCAUGUCGUUGGCUCUCCUCCCUGGCACAUGAAUCUGACUGUCAGUGCCCCUGCUGCUCUGAGCCCUGUCUGGGCCAUGCCACUGCUCGCUGGGCUGCUACACAGGCUGAUCUAGUUCUCAAGCUGGAUUCCAAUGACCCCAAAGUCGGUUUGAAGCUUCAAUGGGCAACAUUAUCCCGCUGUGAGAGCAUCACUGCCAAAGUUGGGGCGAAACUGGCUAAACUCUUCCCUCGGUGUGGCCCCACAAAAGGCUCCUCUAAACCCCUACUGAUGCAAGAUGUGGUGGGUCGUGUGUACCUUCACAUGGCCCUGUCCAGUCUGGAACCAAGGCUCAACAACAUUUGUGGUAUAUGGAAAAUACUGAAAGCUGGUUUAGCAUUUGUUGAUUCCAAACUCUCUCCUGUGCUAAGACCCGUGAGAGCUGGCUUAAUGGCAACCAAAGCCAUAGUGUCAUUGAUCACCUUGGCUUCCAAAAGGGGUUGCAACCCAGAGGAGCUCUUCUCAAAUGUGUGGACUUGGAAUGCACCAAAAGACAAAGAGCUAAAAUCAGAACAGAAAAAUUUACCUGCCUCGUCCUUGAAUAAAAAGCCUAAAGACUGCGUUAAAAACCCUGAUGCUCCUGACAAAACAAAGGAGGCAAAUAAGGUCAAGGCUGUCAAGCCCAAGAUUCAAGUGAUGAGCUCCUCAAGCAGAGGAAAGGGGCUGGUUCCCAUGACACCAGUAAUGGUAAAGUCAAAGUCUGCUGUUAAGGAGCUCACCUCUUUCGACUUCAACACAGUGGUACCUACUGUGGCUUGUACUCCUGUUCAAAAAGUGAAAGCUCCUGCUUCAGUGAGGAAAGCACCAACAACUGCUUCGAAGCAACAGUUUUAUGUGUAUGAAGAGUUUUCACCUUCCCAGCCAGUGCCUGCUGCCCCCAGACGCACCAGGACAUCACGUUUCAAGGUGGAGUUUAGUGAUGAGAGUGACUCAGAGGCUCAUACCCAAACAGAGGCCAAAGAAAAAACAGAUGCACCUAAAAAGCGAACAACAACCAGAAGAGCUGCCCAAAGUGCUAAAAAAGUCCCAGAUCCACCUGCAGAGAGCAAACUCCCCAAGAGGCAGGCUAAGGGUAGAAAAACCACUGCAGUGCCAAGGGCCACGUCCUCCGAGGACGACGAAGGUUUGAGCCGUCCACCUGCGUCAACAAGAAGAGGUAGAAGCAGAAAGGAGCUGACCAAGACAGAGGUGGAAACAAUGGAGGAGCUGGACAAAAUGAGGACCAUCAAGGAGGAAUCUAAUGAAGUUCUGGACAUAAGCAUCGAAGAGCUUAGGACAUCCGACACUGAGGACAAUCCUGCUUCAAGUAAAGAUAUCAGGGUAACUGUGUGUAUGAUGUCUGUGCUUGGAGUAAAACCUGGGGACAUGGGGAACAGCAUCAUACUUUCACGUCUCCAGAAAGGAUCUGCCCCUGUCACUGUUCAUAUAUCAACAUCUAUGCAGCAGCAUCCCAUCAGUUGGCUCGUGCAGGAGAUGGACAGUAUUCAGGUGGAACAGAAGGUUGUGAGCUGUGUGUCUGAGAAAGCCAAGUGGUGGGAGGGCCGCAGGGCGCUUGACUCUCGAGUUGAGCAACUGUUGAAAGAGAUGGAGGGAUUGCUCCAGUGCUGGAAGAGCUUUCUUCUCCCCCUUUCUUCAGAUCCAGAACUUUCCAGUCAGGCCCAGCACCUUUGCAAAGCCUUGUCUGCUAAAGGAGUGACAUGCAGUGAGGAGAUGUUGAAGGCGUUGCUGUCAGCAUUUCCUCUGCUGUCUCAAGAAGACUUGCAAAGAUUUGCUCUUGGAGUUUCUCCACACUGGGAUGCGGAGUGUGACCAGAUUCUCCAUACAGCUCUUUCUCAGCCCUCAGAGAGAGAAGAGCCCCGUGGUCAUGUUGUUCUGAUCCUGGACAAGUACCUUCAGAAGUUGCCAUGGGAGAGCAUCUCCAUCUUAAAGUCUCACUCUGUCAGUCGGAUGCCUUCUCUGCACUCACUGAUUGGACUGAGCAUUCAGAAAGCGAAUGACUCUCACUCCGUCCUGAGACGAGGAGUGGAUACAAAGAAGGUGUUCUAUGUGCUGGACCCUGAUGCUAAUUUAGGGAACUCUCAGGACAGGUUCAAAGAAUGGUUUAGCAGUCAACCAGACUGGGAAGGUGUGUGUGGGGUUGCUCCUGACUCGGGUCAGAUGGAAGAAGCAGUGGCAAACAAGGAUCUGUACAUCUACGUGGGUCACGGAGCCGGCGCUCGGUUCCUUGAUGGUCAGACGGUCCUGAAGACGCAGUUAAGAGCAGCGUCUCUUCUCUUUGGCUGCAGUAGUGCUGCUCUGGCCGUGCGUGGAGACCAGGAGGGACAAGGCAUAAUCCUCAAUUACCUCAUCGCUGGCUGCCCGUUUGCUUUGGGAAACCUGUGGGAUGUGACUGAUCGGGACAUUGAUCGCUUCACCAAAGCUUUGUUGGAGUCCUGGUUCGCUGCUGGACCUGGAGCUCCCCUCCUGGAACACAUGGGCCCAUCGCGUCAGGCCACAAACCUUAAACACCUGAUCGGAGCUGCACCUGUGGCCUAUGGUUUACCUGUGUACCUGCAGUAGAAUUAACCAUCCCAUGAGCCAAGCCUGUGCACUGCCAACAUCUGGUGGCCUUGCAGAAGCCCGAUCCUGACAGCUGAACGCACUGCAGCAUUCAUCACAGCACACGGAGCUCCCACAUUCAGAACAGCAGUAUUGAUGUUACACUAACAGAUUUGCAGAGACACUUGUCAGAACCACACUAUUGAUUUACUGACCUAGAGACAGUUUAUGUACGUGGCACAACUGCAGUUCCUCACCUUUGUGUCUGGGGGGUGCAGAUGAGCCAGCAUUUUGUAAGUGUUCCAGUUGUUUUCAAAGCUCCUGUUGUCAGAAGUGAGAAAUGUACAGACAUUUCAAACUCAAUGCAACACAUGACAAAUAGAAAUGAUAACACAAACGUGGGUGCCUCACUUUCCCCUGAGCUUCACAGCAUCGUCAAACCUUCCUUCGGACAUGGCUGUGGUGACGUCUUUAGUCUGAAGUUGAGGACAAUAAUUUACCUCAUUUUGUAUAAUCAUGUUUUUUGUGUACAGUAUGGAAAAAUAACUGACUCACCACUUGCACACACUCCAUGAGAGGCAGCCUGACAGCCAUGUUCCCAGUCAAGCUGACCACACAUGCAGGAGUGGCUGGUGUGGCCUCCAGCAGAGCCAUCACAGCCUCUACUCCCAUCCUGCUCGCCUGGAUGAUAUCAAGGCAUGAGAGAGAGCACGUUGGCACACAGAGAAGCUGAUAGAUGUAUGUUUUGUUUAUGGAACAAAGAUGAGACCCACUGGUGAGUUUAUAUAUGUGGAAAAUGAGGUAUUACCAAGAUCCUGUCAAAGGCAGAGGGGGUUCCACCUCUUUGUACGUGCCCCAGGAUGGUCGUACGAGUGUCGAAGCCGAGCUUCUUUGAUACCAGCUGGACAGACAGAUCAUAUAUGAGCAGACUUCCUUUUGUUACAAGAGUCUAUCCUGUGUGCUUGUAUGUUAGAGACACAAUAAAGCCACAUUAAAGUUAGUGUCUGAGGAUGAUGCAGGGUAAAACGUGUUUACGUCUCUCAGUCUCCUGCAGAGAUGCUCCUCCCAUCCAUCAUCUGGAGGCAUCUCAGGGAUGAACACCCAGUCAGCACCACAGGCCAGAGCUGUCACUAAAGCCAGAUAACUGCAGGUAGAAGGUCAUCAGACUUGAGGCUUUAACCG